AUGGCCGACAACGAGAGCUCUCGCCGCGGCGACAACGACUCGCCGAAUCACGACCGGAAGCGCAAAUGGGCCGACCGCGACCGUAGAAACGCAUCGAGGGGAGGUGGACGCGUUCAAAAUGGCAGCCGUCAGAGCAAGAAAAGAAAUACUGGGCGUACGGAACAUAACUCCUCCCAACUAGACAGACGAGGCCGCAAUGAAACCCAACAGGCCAAGAUCAAGCAACAAGAAGAAAAGGGCGAGAAUGAGCGCCCAGCGCUACCAGCAGCAUUCCCACCGGAAGAAGUCGAGGCAGAGGAGCGCAGGCCGAAGCGCAAAGUGGCUGUCAUGAUCGGCUACUCAGGCACCGGGUACAAGGGUAUGCAGAUCGACAACAAGCAGAAGACGAUUGAAGGCGACUUGUUCAAUGCAUUUGUUGCCGCGGGUGCCAUUUCCAAAGCGAACGCCUCCGACCCCAAAAAGUCGUCGCUCGUCCGCUGUGCACGCACAGACAAGGGUGUCCACGCUGCUGGAAAUGUGGUUUCCCUCAAAUUAAUCAUCGAGGAGGACGACAUAGUGGAAAAGAUCAACAGCCAUCUUUCCGAGCAGAUUAGGGUUUGGGGCAUACAACGAACCAUUGGCUCCUUCAGCUGCUACCAGGCCUGCGACUCGCGAUGGUACGAGUACCUCAUUCCCACGCACUCGUUUCUACCGCCACACCCGUCGAGCUUCAUAGGGAAGAAGCUGGAAGAAUACGCAGAGAAGGAGAAUGACAUGCAAGGAUAUCGCAACCGACAAGCAGAAGUGGCCAAUUUCUGGCCUGACGUCGAAGAGAAGUAUAUCAAGCCGAUCUUCGAGGCGCUGGAUGACUCGAUACGACCGCUUGUGCAAGAGGCCCUGUAUAACGUCGAAGCUGUCGAUGCGCCUCCAGGGGAAGACGUACUCAUUGAGGCGUCGAUUGACGACAAGAGUAACAAGGAAGCUGCUGAAGACGAAGUCAAAGAGACUAUUGACACUAUUAAAAAGAACGAACCCAACCUCACACUCGACACGGACGGCGACGGCACUAGAGCCCUACCUGACGGUACCGUCAAUCAGCCCGCCUUGGAAGAAGCCAUCAAAACCCUCAAAAAAGCGUACCUCGACGCCAAAAAAGCGUACCGCAUCUCCCCCGAACGGCAAGCCCGCGUCCAAACCGCCCUUGACAACUACCUUGGAACGCGCAAGUACCACAACUACACUGUGCACAAGAAGUUCAACGACAAGUCCGCUCAGCGGUACAUCAAAAGCUUCAAAGUCGCCCCGCAGCCAAUCAUCAUAAAUGAUACUGAGUGGUUGAGCUUGAAGGUGCACGGGCAAAGCUUCAUGAUGCAUCAAAUCAGAAAGAUGGUGGGCAUGGCUGCCCUGACAGUCAGGUGUGGCACCGACCCGAAAAUCAUGGAAGAAAGCUUUGGGAACGUGGUUGUGCGGAUUCCGAAGGCUCCUGGGCUUGGUUUAUUACUGGAAAGGCCGGUAUUUGAUUCGUACAACGAGAAGCAGGCCUCGCAGCAUGGUAGGGAGAAGAUUGAUUUUAACAGGUUUAACAAGGAGAUUGAGGAGUUCAAGGAGCGCGAGAUUUAUCAGAGGAUCUUCAGGGAGGAAGCGCAAGGGAACCAGUUUAACACGUUCUUCACGCAUCUGGAUAACUACAAGGAUUCACAGUUUCUCUACCUGACGUCCGGCGGUAUCGGAGCGACCAAGCGGGCCCGCGAGACAAAGUCCACGCAACAGAAGUUCGAAGAAGACUCUGAAGAUGAAAAUGCGAGCGGUGGAGAAGGUUGA